CAAGCACAUCCCCCCGACAAACACAUAUACCAAUGCAAUCCUCGAACGGCUACUCUAGGGCCACACCGCCCGCGAGCCCGCACAGACAGGCACCGCCCGGCUUCCUCAUCCCGCCCAAGCCAAAUGCUACCCCGAUCUCGCGUAUGAGUGCCCGCGAACUACGCGACCGCUAUGCACGCAACGCGAAGACCCUCGCAGAGCCGACAGCCUCCUCCUCCUCCUAUGCGCAACGCAUGGCGGCUGAGCAGGCUCAAAUUGAAUCUCGCCUAGUCGAGCUCGUAGGCAUGGAGAACCUACAGACCAAGAUGCAACAGACCUCCAUACAGGAUGAGGACCCCAUGAAGGUGGACUCCGUCCCGCAAUAUCGCGCGAUAGGUGCGAAGCAGAGAGCACUUGCGAAAUACGCAGCGCACAUUCCGAAAGACCAAGGCUCUCAAGGCUUCACAUUCGAGGAAGCCAUACGCAUCGAGCAAGAGGCACAUGAGGCAGACCGCAAGAGGCAGGAGGAACGUGAGGAGAGGCGAAGGCGGCAAGGCCUGUCUCCCACCGGUGAACAUCUCAGUAGGGCAGAACGAGAUCUCAGGAUGUGGGCCUUCAUGAGCUACGAACCUACGGACUCCGAUUUGGAGGAGGAGGAUGACGAUGAAGACGACGAUGACCCGGCCAGCUGGUUUGAGGAUGACCAGAGCGACGGCAUCAAGGGUCAGGACAUUAUCGAGCCAGAUUAUUAUGAAGACUAUUCGAGCGUCAUACGCAUUGAUGAGAGUAGGAUUCCGUAUUCCAUACCAAGAGAAGAAUAGGAAGAUUAUCCAGUUAAUCCAUGUGUAACAUGAUC